AAUAUAUAAGAGAUAAAUCACGUUUCUGCCACUUCCGGAGCAGAAAACCGCUGCUCUCUGUCGUACUCAAAGGGAAUAAGACACCUCUCAGGUUCUGCCCCGUGCCGUUUCCAGAUAUGGAUGAUGACUCCCGAAGCCUCACACGCAGGGUUAUUUAUGAGGGGUUGGCAGAUCUCCCAGUCUCAACUCUACAGACUUUGGAGGACACACUAGAAUCUUUGGGGGUGGAGACCAAUGAAGAUUUUCAGUAUAUUAAUGAAAAUGAUCUGAGAUCUGUACUAACACCAAUUCAAGCAAGGAAGUUACUGAAAGCUUCGAAACAAACCACACAGACCAGUGGAAUUUCCAGUGAGCCAUCUCUGUCGUUGUCAUCUCCUUCUACAACCAGCACAUCGUCUGCCUCUUCAUUUUCUAUACAUUCCACGCCAGUAGAUUGGGUUGACACUUUUCAAAUUCCUUGGAACAGGUUUCCAGAGAACUUGAUUGAGUGUUUUGAGAAUGAGGCAAGGCCGAAACCCCACCUUCGAAGAGAAAUGAUUCGGAUUGUUGUUGCUUCAAUGAUGGAGGUGUGUGCUUCUCCUCGCAAGCAAGAAACCACAGAAGUGGCGAAAAAAUUGAUAGCAAAAUAUCCACUUUCACUCCAAGAUAUUAUUGAAGGUGAUAUAGUGGGCCCAGGGUAUUAUUCACUCGUCAAGCAACUACAAAAUCGUAUAGAAAAUUUGAGACGGGUUUCAAAACCAAAAAUAAGGAAGCGUAAAAACAUGUUAGAUGAAGAUGGCACAGUCCCACCAGAGCAAAAUGCAGCUGUUCAGGACAUUUACGGUUGUAUAAAGUGGGACAUGGAAGUCAUGCCAAUCCAGGAGACAGCAGAGACACAGAAAGAGAAAAAAGUCAAAUUGAAAAUGCUAAGUGAAGAAAAUAACUUAAAUUCGGACGAGAUAAGAGAUCUUAUGCAGAGAACCUACUACACUCAAAGGAAAGAAAUAAACCAGGGAAAAGACCUACAAAUUAUGGUGAAGGAGUGGCCCUUCCUGUUUCAGGAAAUUGGUAUGACGAUCCACUUCCAGGAGCUUACUGGAGUAAAUCUACUAGAGACUUUCCAUAAAAAUCUCGAAAAAAAGGGUAAAAGACUUCUGGACUACUUAAGGACUGUCUCGGCCCACAAAAUUAAACGAGUUCUUCAAACUGUCCGAAACCUGGAUAUUCUGAGAGGACAGGUCCAGGGCUGCUCUAAAGAGUUGAAAGAUCUUGUCCUCCUCCUUCUGUCUCAUUUCAAUGACAAAGAGGAAACCCUCUUCCACUAUGUAGAUGAGACAUGCCUAGCAGGAGAAGUAAAAGUGGACAACUUGCCUGUCACACCAUGCUUGAUUGUAUGUGGAACCUCCUGUUAUACUUCCAAGAAUUUUAUGCUUGGCAUUGACGGCAAUGUUGUGAAUGACCAAAUACCAACCUUCACAUCCGCUAUAUGUCUAAUGUUAGCAAGUUACUUUUGCUUCAACAUUCAUUAUCCGACUCAUCUGGCCUCCACACUUGAUUUCAUUCAGAGGUGCUUCCUAAACAUCAAUCCAGACCGGGGGACAAAAGUUGAAACCAAGAAGAAUAAGAAGAACGUGUCAGUGAACCCAAGGGUCCUUACCCUAAUCUCUGAAAUCGCAGAUCAUGAAUGGAGAGGGACAUAUUAAAAUGGACAUAAUAGUCCAGCAGAAAUGUAAAUUCUGAUUUCUUACACACCACUUAUAGAGCAGAAUACAAAUUUCACUGCAAGAAUAUGGUUUGCAAUCUGGAUGGAUAGAAUUUACAUUUAGUUUUCAUAUUUCUUAGUUUUAGGAUCUAUUGAAUUUAUUUUAACAGGCUUGCUGUAUGUUUUGCGGUAAUUAUAAAUGCCUGAAUAUGUAGACAAGUUCAAGACAACAGCUACUUUUGUUUCCAUCAUUGUGAGAGGCUGUUCCUUUAGUUCAGUAAAAUGAGAGAAGAGUGACUUGUAUUAUUUAUUUUAAAAUUGUAGAUUCAUUUAAUUUAGAUGCUCCAUUAAUAUCUCAGCCAGGACUGCAACUAAUGAUUCUUUUGGCUAUCAAUAAAUAUGACAAUCAUUGAAACCCAUA